AUGCCUCCAUCCACGACAACCAGUUCUCCUCCAUGGGCAUACAUCACAUACGCCGCUCCUGAAUUCCGCGUUCCCCAUGCAUACGAGUCACGGGCUGCUCAAUCGUCGGCAAUCGGUGGUGUAGGGAUGUCAAGUUUGACAGGUGUUGAGCAUAGUUAUGUCGGGCCUCUGUUCACUAGGGAUGGGAGAAGAACACGAAUGGGAAACUGCCCUGGUCUUGCUAGAAACAAAGAAGAAGAAACACAGAAGUGA